AUGCGCUGGCUGAAGUCCUUCGGGCUGUUUUCCAGCCAUGUGCGCUUUGUUCGGCGUUCUGUACGGCCGUAUCUAAGAGAUUUGUAUAUGCGUCGUCUUGCCCAAGGUCCUGAGCCGUAUCGACCGCGCUCUGCUUGGAUCGGGUGGAAUGGUGAUGCUGAAAUGACUGCUUUUCUUCAUCGUAUUGACGAGCAAAUUUCAAAUGCUAAUCUCCAAAAAGCACUCACUGAUAGAUCUUAUAUUCACAUCGACGCACCCCACGCGGAAGGAUUCGACGAAUCGGCUCAGGAAUCCAAUGCCUCUUUGGCAUUUUCAGGUAAAAUCUUUUAA